CACUCCUCCCAGUAAAAAGUGCCACAUGACCUGUCAAGUAGGAAGUAGCGAGCUAGCGAGCAGCAACAGCAGCAGCAACCAGUAAACGUAAGACGGGGAGGAAGCUGUGAAAUCUCCGAAGUCUCAUUCUCGACGUUUCUCGGCAGAUAGGUUUUCCCUGUUGGAUCAGAAGGAGCAAUAAGUCGGCCGCAGUCAUGUACCUGAAGGUGCUGUUUUUUACCGUAGCUGUGGCUCUGAUCGGCGCAGCAGCCGCGACAGACUCAGAUGGAUGCACCUCUCUGUCCUGUGCUUUAUGUGAAACCGUUAAUGACUGCCAGUGGGCUAACUGCACAUCAUCAACUCCUAGCUGUCACAACACGACUUACGUGGCAGAUAAUGAUACCUGCACCCCUGCCAGCUGCUCAGCUGUUGAAAGCUCAACAAUCGUGAUUUCAACUGCCCCUGUGACUUCUCCCCAUCCCACUACAGCCGCCCCUACCCCUGUUGUCACCACCGCCUCCUCUAACAGCAGCAGCCCUCUGCCCACCACAGACAGUGCAAACCAUUCCACCAUUGCCCCUACUCACGCUGGUAACAGCUCCAGCCCCACGCCUCCAUCCCCUUCUGCAAAUGGAACCAGCACAACUACCACACCAGUUGCCCCCUCUCCCGCCCCUCACAAGAACACUUUCGACGCUGCAAGCUUCAUCGGUGGAAUAGUGCUGGUCCUGGGUCUGCAGGCCGUCAUCUUCUUCCUCUACAAAUUCUGCAAGUCCAAGGAUCGCAACUACCACACCCUUUGAAGCAGUUGCACUUUAUAGAUCCACAUCGCUCGACUUAUCCCUCCCAACUAGAACCUUCCAGAGAAGACUCCCAACUCGGCACGCAUUCAUUGCAAUGGACUCAAACAGUGUUUUCAAGCAGGUUUUUGUAGAUCUUCAGUGUUUGUUCCUUGUGUGGUUUAGGCCUGCAUUAGCCUGUAUUAAUGCACACACUCAGGCCUGUAUAUGAUAAUUCAACUAAACAUAUUUCCAGUGAUAUGGCAUCUUAAGCCUUGAGCAUAUGGAUUACAUCACCUGGUAGAUACUCCCACCUCCAUUAUGCCGUUAGUCAUUCUGCGAAAAACCAUUUUACAGCGAACUGAGGGGGUUCGUGUUAUUUACAGCCCCUCCUCUUGUGGCUUCCUCAGUUAAACACACCACAUGAGAGUUACAGAAUUAGUCACGUACACAAAGUAUCUUUCCUGUUGAUGCUUUGGGAGUAGUACAGCAGCAAGCUGGCAGCAUUUUGAUUUGGAAACACUGUUUGAGUUCACAGCUAUUCUUGAACGUGACGACUGCGAUGAUUCAGUGUUGCUUUUAGCCUGUUGAAUCGUGGGCCGGCUCCCUCUUCUUCCAUGCAGCUGUAACAUGUAUACGUGCUCAUGGAUGACGUAAAAGCGGUGGGGUUACUUAGGAGGGAAUAAAAGCAACACCCAAUCAUCUGAUGUCAAAGUACAACUAAAAAGCCAUCCCUCUGGUCUUAUUUUGGGCGUCUCCCUUGGCAUUUAGGAGUGCUGUGUGUCUUCUGCUGUUGACUUCCCUGGGAAAAUCUUUCACCCAAUACUAGUUGGAAAAAAUGUCAAAACUGCCAGUAGAGCAGCUCAAUGCAAUAAAUCCCCUAUAAAGUUAAUUCCCUUUAUUUCAGUCCCCCAACUGUCAUAUCUGAUCAUCGCCAACAUUAAAACAGACCCACUCUGCUAACGUUGAGCUGGCACUUUGCCCCCGUUUCUGUUGGGUGGUCAAAAAGGGCCUGUGGGUCAUAUUGAGAGAUUGUAGAAUAUUUCAGAGAUAUUAAUAAUUAAUUUGUUUUAAUAAUGUAUAAUAUGGAGAUUGGGGAGAUAAAGAGAACAGCAUGCACCUUCUUGAUGUGGACAGUGAUAGCAGUGAAGUGCCUUUAAUGUCCAGUAUGACUUAAAGAGAGAAACGGAAGAGUCUUUUCUCCCUGGUUGAGGCCCAAGUGUUAUCAUUAGUUCGUUUGUGAGGAAGAAACGGUAUCGCUGUGCAGAUAUUGGUGAGAACCGUAGUAUCCCAGCUGGACUGAAGAGCCUUUUAUUGUGAAGAAUACAGACACUUGAGGGCCUUGAUCAGUCAUGAUUGAAGUUUUUUCCCUAUAAGUAGAGGACUAUAUUCAUCAUUGAUGGUCUUCUCACUGGUGACUUUGUGUAAAUGAAUCGUUUGAGGGUGCUCUCCUGUUUUGUAGCGCCCAGUACUUCUCCCAAAUUUCCUCCCACGUCACUAUUUAUGUUUCAGAACUCAGUUGUAAAUUGUAUUAAAUUUUAAAGCAUGAACAAUGAGCUGGAAGGAAAUUUCGAGGUCGAUAGGUGCUGUAAAUCAGGGAACGCAGCUUUAAAGAAAAGGCAAAAAUAUUGGGCUUAAUUUAAAAACUUGAGUAUUGGAGAGAGAGCAUUGAGGUUAAAAUGAUGGACUGUUUGAGUGCUAGUUUGGUCAUAUGAGCAGUGCACCUCUGAUUUCUGACUUUGCGGUGUAAAUGAGAGGAUUGUGAAUGAAGUGCAACAACUAAGCGGCCGUGCUAGAGCUCAUGUCAAGUUCUCUAAUUAGCUUGCUGCUAACUGUGUGAUUUUAUUUUAUUUUUUCUCCAUUUUGUCCCUCCUGUACAUAGCCAUGUCCUGUUUUUAUUCAUCUUCUAGAUUUCAACUUGAGGAAAGGCUAAAUGAAGGAGUACAUUUUGCUUGUAGCGGCUUGUUGGUGUCAAGAAUGUUUGGUUUAAUGUCCUUUUUUUCCCAUUAUUGCAUGCUGGAUGCUUGGAGUUGUGAUUUUUCCUCCCAUUGCAUAUGCUCUUAAGGAUUUAGACACUCUUAAAAACCACUUGAUUAUUUGUAAUUAGCCCAUAUGCUAGUUGAAAGAAUGCCUUGAAACAGUGUGCAUUGAGCCAAAGUCCUCAGUUUUUGGCAUGGAAAUUGAGCAUUGCACUGACAAGCUUUGUUUUGUAACUUUGUCUUUGUAAAUGUUUUCAUGGUUCAGCCAAAAAAAAAAAAAAAAUCAAAUGCUUGUAUAAAUACUCAGUCUUGAAUAUUUACUAGAUAAUGGAUGAAUAAUCACCUUGUUUUCUAUGACCAUGAACAGUGCAGAUGUUUUUCUUUUGGCUUUCAUAAUUUAAGAUUACAUGUCUCCUGCUGCUCACCAUUAACACGCCUUUUAACCUAGUCACCUGGUGGCAUUAGGCUACAGCCCAAAGACCCAACUACGGCGAGAAGGCUCCAGAGUUUUGCCUUAGCUGCAACCAUUUGGUCAUUCUCUGCAUGCGGAGAGCCUUCGCCCAAAUUUAGAGAAACAUUUUAUUCACAGCUGUUUAGUUGCAUGCUGUGUAAACCACUGAAUCCAGUCUCUGCUUUAGACAUGGUAGCUGCAUUCCUGUAGAACACAGCAUCACAUGUUGGCAUCAUGGUGUGUCAAAACACCUCUGGUAUCCGUGGAUACCAAUAGAUGUCCAUUGUGUUGCCUCUCCGCAGCUUCUCCUACAAGUUACUAACUCAGUCCGUGCACCUUUUAAGGAAAAGUGCCUUAUUCAGUUAAUAUCCACAUGUAGUUGUAGUUUGUAAAAAUGAUAUGCCACACCUAUUAAAUAUCAAUGAGACUCAGCACUUUCAGACCCCUGUGAAGUGGUUUUCUGUGUCGUAUUCUGCUUUAAUGUCUGUUUCGUCAUGCUCAGCCUUAACUUCUCGAUCAAACCCACACAGCAUUUGUUAGUGACAAGCUGUCCAGGCGAUUACCAGGAUGCUCUUGUUGAAAAGUUUGUUUGUUAGAUGUAUUUUGUACUGAAUGGCUGACAUUUCAUUAGCAUUUAAGUGCCUAUAUUUUGACCAAACAAACAGCAGAAUUACAGGUGUUUAAAUGCUGCUGAAAUGGCUAUAACCAGCUAAUGAAUGGCAUCGUUUACUACUAGAUGAAACCUGGUUGAAGCCUGGACAACUUGUCACCAGCACAUUGUAACUUACAGUUGUAACCACAGCCACAGAACUUUAGUGUUCUUCAUAAAAUCAGUCACAUGAUGACUUAAAGUCCACUUUGCUUGUAAUUUUCAAUUGGUGCAUUGAAUGAUGUUUUCUGUCUGGUGGGAUUUUCAAUUCAAAAUCCUGAUUUGCUUGGUCAUGGAGGGCUCUCCUAUCAGUUUUCAGCCUUGCGGUGUUCAAUUACAAAAGCAACGAGUAAAAAGCUUUUUGAUUCCCUCCUCGUGGCUUUAUUUCUGCCUGCACACUCUGUAGUGCUAUAUCUUUUACCCUUUGUGUUAAGAGGCCAUCUGUCUUGUAGGUACGAUUUGUUUUGUUUUUUUGGCUUUGCUCCCACCCCACUUUGACACACAGCCAUAUGUAGACACUUGCAGGUGCCACAAUGCCUCCUGAAAUGUUUUGUGUUCUUCUUUUUUUUUCUUCUUCUCUCAAACCUUUUAUUUUGUGCCUUGUUUUCUAGUGUUGCCUUUUAGUUUCACAAUGUAAAGCCAAUAAAGUUUGAAUAUUGUUAAACAAA